AUGAAUGAGAUCGUAACCAGAUGGAGUUCGUGGUCGAAACUGCAACGACGAGUUGCAUGGAUUAGACGUUUUUGUCGAUGGAUAGCUAGUAAAAGGACUGCCUGUAAUACAGGUAUAUUGUCACUUGAAGAACUUAAUGAAGCAACUAAUGUCAUUGUACGAAGUGUACAGACUACGUGCUUUUCUGAUGAGCUGUCAGAACUGAAGAGAAAGGGUGAAGUGAAGAAGACAAUCCCAGUUGCUGAUUUAAGACCGUUAGAAGUCGACGGUGUAUUAUGCGUUGGAGGAAAACUGCAAGCAGCAGAAAACCUGUCGUUUGAUGAAAGGCAUCCCAUGAUCCUGCCAAAGCGACAUCACUUGAGUGAGCUGAUAGUUCGCCAUUUCCAUGAAGUAACAGCCCAUGGCGGAAGAGAACAAACGCUAUACGAGAUGAGAAGAAAGUUUUGGAUCGUCGCGGGAAGGAGUCUCGUGAAGGACACCGUCAGAAGAUGCAUCGAGUGUCGCCGUAUGAAUGCUCGGGCGAUGCACCAGGUUAUUGCUCCCCUCCCAAAGACACGCGUAGAAGCUUACCAACCGCCGUUUACUUAYGCCGGGGUGGAUUUGUUUGGCCCUAUGACAGUCAAAUGGGGCCGCGGCACAGCAAAGAGAUGGGGGUGCUUAUUUACCUGUUUGAAUACGCGAGCGGUCUAUUUAGACGUCGUGCCCUCGUUAGAGGCAGACGACUUCAUUAUGAUCCUACGUCAAUUUGUAAGCCGCAGAGGACCACCAAAUGAAAUUUGGUCCGACAGAGGAACUAAUUUCGUAGGCGCCAACAACGAGCUUCAAGGACUCUAUUGCUCAGUGGAAUAA